CUGAUAGAUUUGGGGAGGUUAAAUGUUGAUUGUUGAUUGUGUUAUUUCACAGAUCCAUCGCAGAGUCAGUCCAGACCUUCUGGCUAAUUUGUUGGUGCAGGAAUUUGAACGUGCAUAACAGGAAUCAACUGGGCGACACUGUCAAUGCAGCGAGUAAAAUCCCUGCUCUGAUGACCAAACCAUCACCUCUGAAGACACACUUCCACAGGAAAUUAUGACUUCAUUUCAAGUGAAGUGAGAAAAAGAACUAAUCAAGUACCCGUUGAAAUGUAAAAGAUGUCACAGAGAAUAUUCUUCAUUAAGCUGCUGUUGGUGCAGUACACCACCCAGACUCAGACAGGAAUUCAAGCACACUGCAACGACAAUGUUUCGCUGGAGUGUCCAGGGGGUGACAUUGACAGCAUGGAUUUCCUCUCAGUCACAUGGUACAAGCUCAACAGCGACAAAAAACAUGGCAUUGUCAGGAGAGGUAAAGACGACACCGUAACGCAGCACUACACCUUCAGGCGUACGGCCAAGUUUGGAGAGAAAUACAGUCUGUUCCUUCCCAGUGUGACACCUGAAGAUUCGGGCGACUACGAUUGCUCCAUCAGUGCAAAUAUAGGGGGUCAAAAUCUGAAUUUCAAAGUUCAGCUAACGGUUCAUGAAUGUUUGACCCAGGCUGAAGUGACAACAGUGACAACUGUGACUCAGUCCACCCCACCCUGCCACAAACAAGACGAGGAGCUACCGGUCAUGUGGAUCAUAAUCGGCUAUGUUCCAGUGGCCCUCGUCAAAAUCAUUUCAUGUCUAAUCAGCAUUUGGGUCAUUCGUAUCAGGUCUUCAAAACGACGGAAACACAGGUGGUGAAGCUGACUGGACUGACCUGUUUGCAGCCUUAAGAGAGAUCAUGUAAAUACGACGACAAGUCCUCUAAAUCAGCAAUUAGAAGUGAUUUCAUUGAUGUAUAUAUAUAUAUAUAUUUUUUUUUUUUUUCCGGUGUUCUCAAUUUGUAACAGUUUGGUAAGACAUGAGAGGAAGUAAGCCCCUAUAAAGGAACAAACAUGCCAUGUGUAAAUUCUGACCUGUGAUAACUGACCACCGUAACAUCGAAUUUAACUGUUUAC